UCUGAGGUCCAUAGAAAUUUGACAGCUUCACAGGUGAGACAACCGUCCAGAGGCUGUUUCACUUUUACAUUUCAGUUUAUUUUUUCCCCCCCCGGAACACAAUUCACUGUGAGCCUGGGGUUGCCACAGUCAAAAAACAACCACUCGAAGUGUAAUCAUUCCGGCAGCAUGAGCAAAAAGAAAAAGGACUGGAAGAUUGAAAGAGAGAGACUGCUCCGUCUAGAUCGGGAGGAGAGACGCAAGGAGUAUCGUCGUCAAGAGUUUGUAUGUCUGGACAAGAUUCUUUCCUGGAGAGAGGAGAAUAAGCCCAAUGACCAAGAGGAAGGGACGGAGUUGACAGGUGGAGGAGGUCUAAGUGAUAAAGUGUCUCUCUACAAAGGAGACAUCACCGUCUUGGAGUUGGAUGCCAUAGUCAAUGCUGCAAACUCAAGUCUUCUGGGAGGAGGGGGAGUCGAUGGCUGCAUACACAAAGCGGCAGGGUCCUGUCUGUAUGAUGAGUGCAACUCACUAAAUGGCUGUGAAACCGGCAAAGCCAAGAUCACCUGCGGCUAUGAUCUCCCUGCAAGAUAUGUGAUCCACACCGUGGGACCAGUGGCCAGAGGUCAUGUGGGCCCAACUGAGACCAAUGACCUCACCUCCUGCUAUCAGAACUCCCUCAGGCUGAUGAAGGAGCAUGGCUUGAGCAGUGUGGCCUUCCCAUGUAUAUCCACAGGAAUCUACGGUUUUCCCAAUGAGCCUGCAGCUGACAUCGCUCUGAACACAGUAAAGAACUGGAUCGAAGAGAAUCCUGAUAAGAUCACACGGGUCAUUUUCUGCGUCUUCCUUGAGACUGACUUUGCCAUCUACAAGAAGAAAAUGUCUGUCAUUUUCCAAGACAAUGACACGGAAGGUACAGAGGAGCAGGAGAAGGGAGAUGACACACCACCAUCCACGAAAUCCACAACCCAGGAAGAGAGUGAAGACAGCAACAGAGGUAAAGAGGAAACCGGUGAUGAAGAGGAGGGUGACAAUGAUCCUGUGGAAAACCAAGACGUGGAGAUGGAGAGUCAAAUCCAAGAAGAGGAUUCUGGCCACGAGGAGCCAAAUCAAGAAAAGGAUAAAGAUGGGAAUGAAAACCCAGACAAAGAUGAAGAUGUAGGUAUUGACGACAACAAAGAUGAAGACCAAGGCAUCGACAAGGAUAAUGAUGAAGAAAAAGCAAAGGAAGAGCAGCCUGCUGCAAAGACAGAGGAGGAUGACACAGGAAUGUCCACUGUGGAGAUGGAAGAUGUCUCUGGGAACAACGAAACUGGCACCAGCAAUGGAGAGGAGAUAAAAGAUCAUGUCGAGAUCUCAGAGGAACCUGACUCAGUUUUAACUGACAGCAUUCAGUCCAAAGACACUGUUGAAAAGAAAGAAUGACCGGCUGAGGGAAGGACAAUCAACCUCAUCUGACAGCCAGCAAACUGUGCGAAGGCCGACUACACUGGUGUCAGACUGUCCCAUGGCAGUAUGGGCUCUGACACUGGCCCAGGACAACCAGUAUCUCACAAGAUGCUCACAUUCCCAACUUUAUUUAGCCUUUUCCCAAUUUGUUAAAGAAACUCCCUCAUUCCUGAAUUAUGUAUGUAUGUAUAUGUAUGUAUGUACAAAACCUUACUAUAGGACUUGAACAUAUCAACCAGAAAAGAUGAGCCAUACCUCACUGUGUGUUAGAGUCAUACAUCAUUUUUCCAGCUGCGUGCGAUGAGAUAAACCAGGUUCAAGUCUCUUUUAUUUAAUCUGUACCCACUGUGAGAGCAUGGCGACACUGUCAGAGGACAACCGCCACAGCUCCUGCAUUUUGACACUGCAGGCUUGGUGAUGCUUAACAUCAACCAUCCUUUUGUUCUUACUACUCAACUAACGCCGCCACAGUCAUGAUGACAUUCAACAGCAGAUCAUCUUGACAACACACCCUGUUUUUCGUAAAGCCUCUUCGGAGUGCAACACACUGACACCUGCCAUGUCUCUUCACACACUACUGCAGCUCCAGCUCCCUUGUUUUAGUCAAAUCAGUCAAUACCUUGAUUCAGACCAAGGUCUCUGAGGCGGUGUUACCACUCCCAGGCCUUUCAUCUAUGAACAUCACUGAUCGUGUCUGAUCUCAGCCGUUGCUGUAACUGCAGCUUAACUCGUUUUACCAGGAAACUGUUCAUCAACGCCCACGCACACUAAAGAGGAUGUGAGUGUCUUUUAACAAAUCGAUUAGUUAUCCCCCCCCCCCCUUCACCCC